AUCAUUCUCAAUUUUUCGAUCCCGCAGUCUCUUCACGGCUCUCAAACCUGAACAUGCCGCAUCUUUCGCGUGAAUUACCAAGGGGAGAAGUGAGUAUAGAAGCUCGCAUCAACUGGUGCACAAUUCGCAGAAGUUGGAGUUGACAUCGAGCACCUCUAACCGGUAAUUCUUUUUGGUAGUGCGUAGAAACUCUCUCUGAAGAGCCAAAAUGAGCCUUUGGAACCUGGGCAGUGUGGCUGACCACAAGAUGGAGGAAGAAAAGAGCGAAAAGGCGGAGUCAUUCAAGUUGUUGAAGUCUCUUAGCGUUGCCACUAGAAAGGCUGAUCCUGCAUCUAAGGCUGAAGCAACCAAGAAAAAUGACAAAGGAACGGAUGAAGACGCGUCCUCCAAUUUCUUGUCUGGUCUUCUAGGAAAGAUCAAUGUGAUUGGCGCCGGAGAAAAAGAUGUCGAAGUGGAGGUCGAGGAUCCACCCCGAAAACCGUUUGGUAGCUCCUUGUCAAGUCGAUGGAGUUCCGGUGGAAGCAAGACAACAAGCGACGCUGACGAAAAGGAGGAUGCAUUGACCAAAACACUCCUCAACACUUCAUCGGCCUCGUCGUUAAAGGGUCCAUCCGUAUACGAGGAUUGCCUUGAAAUGAUAAGCGCCGCGUUGCUGAUUUACACCUUUGCCGAUCUUCGAAAGCUAGCACGCGAGGGCAAGAUUGAAUCCAAGGAGCUUAUGCAACAACCAAUCUCACUAAAGCAGGUCAUGGAGAUCAUUCGGCUCCACAAGGAUGCCCUAGAUGAGCAAGCCCGUGUUGACCACGAGGAAUUAGAGGGACAGCUCAAGGCAUUGAAAGAUAUUCAAAAACAGCAACACAUGUCUACUUCAGUCAUGGGGCGCAUGUUGCGAGGCAAGAAGAAGGAAGCAGUUUUGACUCAUUUUCACGACGAAAAGAGCACACAAGGUAUGGUUUAUGGCAUUGCCAUCAAUCACAUCAGGAAGCGCAUCACAGUCCUCUUCCGUGGUUCGGUAACAAAGCAAGAUUUUAUCACAGAUGUCAAGUUGGCGCAGAAAAAGGUUGAAAACCCUGUUUUACCUUUGGCCCCAGGGACUAACGGUACAAUCAACCUUCAUACUGGGUUCUACCAAUAUCUCUUCCAAGAGGACGACGAAGGGAAGGUCCGUCUUGAGCACAUUUUGGAGGAUGUUAAGGCCCUCAUGAAAAAGAACAAGGGAUACCGCAUGUAUUGUACAGGCCACUCGCUUGGUGGCGCCCUUGCCUCACUGUGCGGCUUUUAUGCAUCCAUGGACGAUAAGAUCGUCAAGAAUGGUCCGGUGAUUGUCGUCAGCAUUGCCAGUCCUCGUGUUGGUAAUGCCGACUUUCGAGCAGCCUUUCAAUCGCUCGAAAGAAUGAAGCGUCUCCGGCAUCUCCGAGUUUCGAACCGCGAAGAUCUCGUGACAUUGCUUCCCUUUAUGGCGACCAAGGAAGUUAGUUUGUUGUCACCAGCCUCCAUCCUGGGAGCAGCACCUACACCCAACAAUUCGGCCCUGAAUCUGUACAAGCACUGUGGCAUUCAUUUAAAGUUCAAAACGUCGAAUCCCUCGGAAAGCAACGAGCGGAACCAACUGUUUAGCUUGACCUACGCCAAGGACAAGAACGACGAGGAAGGUGCCAUUCCAGACGACCUGAAGCGGUCGUUUGUGGCGGCCAAGUCUCUUGUUGGUGGCUUGUUCGUUUCGAGAGCCGAUUUCCGACGCGUGACACGGUUUCAUAGUUGCGAUGAGUACGAGCGUCGGUUGAUGGCCAGCAAGAACUUUUUGGAGAACAUUUCUCUGGAACAGUUGUAUGCUAAUGAAGACUUGGUUGGGGGCACUGUGGCUAUCAAGGAGGAGCCAUCGGAAACAGAUACUUCCUCACGGUCGUUGUUUGCAAAGAGAAAGUCUUCCACUGGUCUAAAGGCAGCAUCCCGAGAGGCUAUCGGUGCUGCUUGUUCCCAAUAUGUCAAAUAGAAAGUGGACGUGGAAAACAGCAGAACCGUGGAUCAACACGAACACGCCAUUCCACAUCAUGCCAACGUGCCAACCUUCCGCUUCGGAAGCAAGUAGUUGUGUACGGAAUCGCCCUCAAUCAUUUUUGAUCGAAAGCAAGUGACCAUUGUGUAUCUAAAAUUGCAAAAGCAUCUACCUACUCAAAAACCCCAAUAGGAUGCAAAGACAAGUGCCUUCCAAAUAAAUGACUUUCACAACGUUGCACCCCU